CGCUUGCUUUCCCCUCCCCAGGGCUUACGCUUGUAACGCAAUCCUCUCAGUAGCCCUUUGAGGCAGAGCGAGAGAAGAGCCUGCCUGCAUGAUUUCCCCAAGAAACGCCGCAGCUGCCACGACCCUUGGCCGCCGCCGUGUUGGGGACCCAGCAGAGGGCGUCCUUUGCCAUGUCUCUGGCGGCGGGUGCUGCUGUUGGGUGCCCCCGUCGAGGAACAGGUUCCCCUUCCGACAAGUAGCCGACACUUGCCCAGCCCGGCCACUGUGGGUCUCCCUUUCCAAGGACGUGGCGCGAGGGGCUCACCCACCUGAAGCUCUGUCCCGCCCAGGCAGGUAACGCCCCGCCGGUGUGUUUGAGUGAGGGUGGGAGUGCAGCAGUCAGUAGCAGGCUGCCUAAGCUCCUCGGGCUCCCAGCUCGCGCCGCUGCUCGGCCAGGGAUCUCUGUUCGCUCCGCCGGGAAGUCGCCUCGGUCAGUGCGCCGGGCGCGUUGUUUAUUCACCCCUACCGUGGACGGGGAAUUUCAGCUGCUAGAGAAGGGGAAACCAGAAAAAGUUUGGGGUGAAAGAGUAUUGGUCUAUGCUGUGUAAUUACAGCAUGCCUUUGCUCUGUCACAUGUUGGCUGUUGCCUUUGUUCAGAUCCUCAUAAUGUCAGGCAACUGGAUUCUGGCCAAGAACAUCAAUUUCUAUAAUGUGAGACUUCCAAUAGACCCUACUCCAUUUCCAAGCAGCUUCAAGUGUUUUACUUGUGACAGUGUUGUUGACAAUUACAACUGUAACAGAUGGGCUGAAGAUAAAUGGUGUCCUCAGAACACACAGUACUGUUUGACAGUCCAUCACUUCACCAGCCAUGGAAGAAGCACCUCAGUCACCAAAAAAUGUGCCAGCAGAGAAGAAUGCCAUUUUGUUGGCUGCCGCCACCAUAGAGAAACUGGCCAUAGAGAAUGUGUCUCCUGCUGCGAAGGGAUGAUCUGCAAUGUAGACAUACCAACGAAUCAUACAAAUGCUAUAUUUGCAGUUGUACAUGCUCGGAGGACAUCAGGUAGCAGCAGUCAGGCUGCUAGUAUUCUUUUGCUGGUCUUCGCCAUAAUCGCUUUCUUGUUAUGACAUGACUUUUUUUUUAACCGAAAGUAACUUGUCUCCAGAAGCAAGACAAAGACUGGCUCAGAUGGUGAGAGAGACACGAGAGUUCUCAGAUACCUGUAUAGCGAGGAAAAAGAUGGAAUAUUGCUGUGUUUCUUAAUGACUGGUGCUCGAAUACUGGAGAUACAAAUUUGUGCAAAGUAUCCAGAAGAUCAGGCAUGAGGACCAAAUGUUGUGUUGCUCAGAUUACCAGAAUUCUCCAUUUGGUGAUAGAAGAGUCUGUGCAUUUUUGCACAUUAUUGUAGCAACGAAUGGCUAACAAUUUAAAAAUUAUUUUUCUUCUCUCCGAUGAGGAGGUGCAACACAGAGCUUCCUGUUAUCUUCCCAUGUCAGCAUUCUUGCAGCUGUUGGUUUUUAUUUCAGUAUUUGUAUCCCACCUUCCCACUUCACAAUGAGGAGCUUGUGAUGCCUAACACAGUAAAAAAUAAAUAAAUCACAAAUUUAAUAGACAAUACAAGGAAAAUAGACAAUUUGGAAAUUUAAUAGACAACCAAAGAAAAAAAAUUAGCAACAUUAUGGCAAAGUGAUUUGUGGACAGAGCAAUAAAAAGCAUCUUGGAAGUUUCAUCAUGAUGAUAAAAUUGUAAAGCUGAUACUACUAAUAAUAAUAAUAAUACUAUGAAUAUUUAUAUACCACUCUUCAAUAAAAUUCUCAAAGCAGUUUACAUAGGGGGAAAAAUGCAUAAAUAAGAUAGUUCCCUGUCCCCAGAGGGCUCACAAUCUAAAAAGAAACAUAAGGUAGACACCAGCAACAGCCACUAAAGGGAUGCUGUGCUGGGGCUGGUUAGGGCCAGUUGCUCUCUCCCUGCUAAGUAUAAGAGAAUCACCACUUUAAAAGGUGUCUCUUUGUUCAGUUAGCAGGGGAUGAUGGCAUGGGGUCCAACAUGUUAUAUUUGUUGGGACUCCAAACUACACCAAAGCAAUAAAUAUUAAUUGCAUGCAUUUGUCUUGCUGUAUAGGUGCUAUGAUAACUGAGAAAACUCACUGAAAAGACAAAGUAAUUGCCAAAUAAGUAUUGGCCACAAUAUAAAUAAGUGAGGGAGACCAGAUUUUUUUAGAAGGCCAUAUACUUUUGGCUGCCAUAAACAUUGUUGGAUAGUCAACAGCAGCCUGCUUUACAUGUGACAGGAGGAAGUUGAAACCUUUUAUGUAAAUCUUGCAUUUGUGUUUUGGAAUAAACAGUUUAUUGUUUUA